ACAGUGACAUGUUGAGCAUUUAUGGGUGGCAGGUUGGCGCAAAAGUAUGUAACGCAUAAAAUGAACGAUUGUCAGACACUUAGUUCAUCUGUUUAGCAAACUGCUGAAAACAGCAGCUCUGCUAAAAUCAACACGAAAUGCCAACAGCUCGGCCCAUAGUAACUGUUGUGCGCGCUGGCCGACAAAGUUAUGCAGCUGGUUUGAGAAUACAGCAGGAACUGGCUAAACAAAAUGUGUCACAGUAUUCAGAAUUUCGUAAUUUCCUUUUGCUAUUGGAGCAUGACCCAGUCUACACCAUUGGCAUACGAACCAAAGGCUACACAGAUGAGGACGAGAAGAAACUGCGCAAACUGGGCGCCGAUUUCCAUCGUACUGAUCGCGGAGGUCUUAUAACAUUUCACGGUCCCGGUCAAUUGGUUGCCUACCCGAUAAUAAACCUGCGCCAGUUCACGCCAAGCAUACGAUGGUACGUCGGCACACUGGAACGCACAGUGAUCGAAACUUGUCGUCAAAUGGGCAUACCAAAUGCAACUACCACAAAAGACACAGGGAUUUGGGUUGAUGAUCGCAAGAUUUGUGCUAUCGGAGUGCACGGCUCUCGUUACGUCACAACCCAUGGCAUUGGCCUCAAUUGCUCGACUGAUCUGAAAUGGUUUGAACACAUUGUGCCGUGCGGCAUCGAGGGCAAGGGCGUCACCUCACUCACAGAGGAGCUUGGAAGACACACCAGUAUCGCCGAGGCAACAGAUGUCCUGCUGGACAGCUUUGGGAAGAUCUUCGAGUGCUGCGUGCGGGCAGACACACAAGCGCGAGUCACUAAUUAAUACCAAUGAUAUGUUUAUGCU